AACCCGGUCGUUAGGAUUUUAUGGGGUUUCCAGUUUUGUAUUGAAAAACUGUAAACCCUAACUCCUGUCAGUGGAUGCAGAUGAGAGAAGCGAGUCGAAACCCCGCCAUGAAGGAAAUUAACGAGGGUCAGCUGGAGAAAGGCAUGAAGAAGGCGAUGGAAAACAAAACGAGCGACGAAGGGAUCUUCGCUUCCUGUUCGUUCACAGAUAUCGGGCUGCAUCCAAGUUUAUGCCAACACCUCAAAGAUAAGAUGGGCUUCGAAGUACCCACUCAGAUCCAGGCACAGGCAAUUCCAGUUAUACUUUCUGGGAAAGAUGUACUUGUCAAUGCGGCUACAGGCACGGGCAAGACUAUUGUGUAUCUGGCACCCAUUGUGAACCUCCUUCAGCAGCGUAAACCUAGAGUUGAAAGGUCCGAUGGGACCUUUGUGUUGGUGCUUGUGCCUACACGAGAAUUAUGCAUGCAGGUUCAUGAAAUUUUGCAGAAGUUAUUGCGUUGUUUCAUUUGGAUAGUGCCUGGAUAUAUCAUGGGUGGCGAGAAUAGGACAAAGGAGAAAGCUAGGCUACGCAAAGGAAUAUCUAUACUUAUAGCAACUCCUGGACGCUUGUUGGAUCAUCUAAAGCAUACCUCAUCAUUCAUAUACACAAACCUACGGUGGAUCGUGUAUGAUGAAGCAGACAGGAUUCUCGAACUGGGAUAUGGUAAAGCAAUAGAAGAAAUUCUUGAUUUUUUGGGUUCUAGACAAAAUAUUGCUACUGGCCAAGAGAAUAAGAGGAUCAAGCCUAACGAAAGUUCAAGACAGAAUUUACUUCUCUCAGCAACCUUGAAUGAAAAGGUCAAUCAUUUGGCUAACAUCAGCUUACUAAAUCCUGUAAUGAUUGGUCUGGAUGACAACAAAACUUCAUUCAUGACAACAAAUAAUACUGUGAAACGACUAUUAUCUUUAGAUUCUGACAGCGAUGGUAACUUAGAACAUCAUAGCCCUUUACGAAGCCAAGCAGCAGAAAACUACAACCUUCCUGUCCAAUUAAUUCAGAGAUAUGUAAAAGUGUCCUGUGGUUCGAGGAUGGUGUUGCUUCUUUCCAUUCUUAAGAGUUUGUUUGAAAAAACUGGUUCCCAGAAGAUUGUAGUCUUCCUUUCUACAUGUGAUGCUGUGGAUUUCCAUUUCUUUCUUUUGAAAGAGUUCAAGUGGUCUUCCAACCCACAUCAAGAUAUGGAUCAGAGGCAAAUGUUCCUCACUUGCAGUACAUUCAGGUUACAUGGAAACAUGGCGCAUGAAGAUCGAAGGACUGCAUUUCAAGGUUUUAAAAGUGAAAAAUCGGCAAUACUUCUAUGCACAGAUAUAGCUGCAAGGGGUCUUGAUUUUCCCAAGGUUACAUGUAUAAUCCAGUAUGACUCUCCUGGUGAGGCUUCUGAAUACGUGCACAGGGUUGGAAGAACCGCAAGGUUGGGUAAAGAAGGAGAGGCCUUGCUAUUUCUUCAGCCUGCUGAAAUUGAUUACUUACACGAUUUGAAGAUGCAUGGUGUCUCUUUAACUGAAUACCCCCUCCAAAAGUUUCUUGAAAGAUUUCUUUUUUAUGGACAGAAGCAACAUCACCAGAAGUUUCUAUCCUUAGAUACACAUCCCUUGGUAAUAUUGCUUCAGAAGGCACUGGAAAGUUUUGUUUUAGCCGAGCCCAAAAUGAAGAAACUCGCCAAGAAUGCUUUCUGCUCUUGGGUUCGAGCAUACACAGCCCAUAGAGGUGAGCUGAAGAAGAUUUUCAUGUUGAAAAAGCUUCACUUGGGACAUGUGGCAAGGAGCUUUGGACUAAAAGAGCAACCAUCUUUGGUUUCAAAAUCGCUACAGAAGCAGGCGAAGAAAAGAAAGAAGGCUCUGGGCAAAGGAAGGCCAUCCAAAAGGAGACAACUCUCUGCUAUUUAAAUGUGAUUGUAACUCUAAAUUUUGCGUUUGUUUUUAUUUGUAAAUAGGCCAUCCAAAAGUCUUUCAGUAAGUGUAGAAGCAGAUGGUUUAGGUAGUAUUUGGAGUGGUUGCUCUUUUUAUAUUUAUUUUGAUAGAUUUUGGAGUUGGCGACCGACCAAGAUACUGCUAGAUUGAUGAGUAUUGUAUACUCCAGGCACUUAUUAUGUACAAGCAAUUUUGAUUACAUGUACUAAAGCCUUAAAUUA